CUAUCCAGGAAGCUUCGCCAACUGUUCGGGGGAAACCACCGUAAACAAAGUGUCGUUUCUGAGCCACCGGACGAUAUUUGCGACCGGGCUAGCAAAAUUGAACACCGAUUCUUCUUCACGCUCGCCCUUUUAAUUGUCGUAUGCUGGGCUGCGUACGCCGCGACGAAACCGGAAGAGGACAUUUGAAGUCUUGACAGAUUCCCCCAAACGAGCUGCAGUCAGCCACCGGUGCCGCUCUUCCGAAAACAUGUCCGAGUUCCUCCUGCUGCUCCUCAUCGUCGUCCUUCUGCUGUGCUUGCUGGUGACCCUGGGGGGCUACCUGAUCUACUCGGGGCUCCUGACGGACGUGGACGUCAGGGCGGGACCACCUCCGAUUAAAAACGUGACCCUUGCUUAUAAGUUCAAAGAGGGAGCCUACAAGGAGUGCGGGGCAGCCUUCACCGAGACGUGCAGUAUUGGACCCAAGCAGAGGACCAUCGCUAUCUUCUAUGAUGACCCCGAGCAGAGGCCGGCAGAGAAGUGCCGCUACAUCGUAGGCAGCGUUCUGUCUGAGGGGGAAGAGAAGCCAGAUGAAGCACUGCAGACACUUUAUGAAAAGUUUGGCUUCAAGCUGUUUUCUCUUCCGGAAGUGAACCAUGCCGUGACCACCAGCUUUCCCAGCACCACCUCGCUCUCCUACAUCCUGGCACCUUUCAGGGUCUACCCGAGGCUCAAAUCCUACAUUGAGGAGAGGAAGCUGACAAAUCUCCCAAACAUUGAGAUUUGUGACUCACUUGUCACCAAUUAUAUGGUGCCACUGUCCCGCCAGACUGAAUUCUUUGUUCCCGAGAUGAGGGAUGAGGCCAAAGCUGAUGUGAAAGAGGAAGACUCUGAUGAAGACAGAGGAACUGACAUUACAGGCGCCGACUCUCACAGCGACGCCAGCUCAGGAAGCGGCGGCGUUCCUUGGGACAGCCGAGAGACGUCCCUGGCCGCGUCCACCGCCGCCUCCUUGGCCUCGUCCCUCCCUCUCCGGGACGUGAUGGACGCGCAAGGAGACGCCAGGCAAAGAGAGGGCAGCGAGCGGGGCUCCGACGGCUCGCUGGCCAGCGGUUCGUCCUUCGAGGAGCUCGACAUGUACCAGGAGGAGCAGGCGGGAAAGGAGGAGGAGCAGGAGGAGGAGGAGGGAGAAGAGGUCCCUGAGGCUGGCGAUAGAAAGUCUGGUGAGAUUUUGCAGGGAGAGGAGGCGGACAAGGAGAAUUUGGGGGACGACGGCGAGGAGUGACUAUGUUGAGAGAUCAAGGAUGUUAGCCACGCUAAAGAGCGUCUCGGUUGUUGUUGCUGCUGGUUGUAUGUCACUAUGUUGCCAUGUCGCUGGAUCCAAACCCUUUCGAGUACUUUUGUUACACUCUAAUCUCAUUCAAACUAGAAGUACCCCGAUUAUAAUCAUGUCCGAUCACAUAUGCCACACACCCGAAGGCCUGAAUGGAAAAACAAAAGGUGCGCUUGCCAUUGCCACGAUAAAACGAAAUUAUUUUGAAAGGCACUCGUGUUCACUUUUUGAUUUCCAGUGAAUGUGUCAAUAACGUUAUUUACAAUUAGCAACACAAAAGGAGCAGGUACAGUUAUUCCUCUGUUCCUUUUUUUUUCAUUUGUUUCAACAGUACAAGGAUUGAGCUUGGGAUGAUGAAAAAAAAAAAAAAAUGAAAAGACGCUGUACCUGUAUUUGAAAUACACCGAUAAGGUUGAUAGCUUGUGAACCGAAGCAAGAUUGUUGGUAAAACCUUUUGUUUGCGAACGGAGGUUUGACUGUAAUUUAUUUCAAUUCUCCGCCACCGUUAACUUCCACCAGUUUUUAAAUGAAUGUUCUGUUUUUAUCUAAUACAAACAGAAGUAAUAUGAGACAUGGGUAAGUGCACAGUUUCCUUUUUAAUUGUAGAAAAUCAUUUUUCAAACAAGUGCAAUUGGAUCAUUGUCCAACACCGUGGUGAGAUUGUGUAAGUAAAGACCACAGUCAGUCAUCGAUUUUUAUUUUUCUCCUUGUAGUCAAAGUGCGGGCGAUCAUCGUAGGCUGCUGUGACGCGUUGGAAAUUACAGUACGUACAGCACAUGGUUGUGCGUGUGUGUGUUAUGUGUGCGGCAUAUGUGCCUAAUAAUUAAACAUGUCAAAUGUAAA